AUGUGUACAUAUGCUGAGCUGGAGCGCUUUGACGUGCUCAAAAUCCAGUCCGUCGACACUGUCUCGCAGUCAUUCCACGCGCGCUGCCUUCUCCAGCUUCGUGUGAAAGGAGCCAAGGACCGGAGGGAGUCCUUCGUCACCUUCAAAGACGGCGCCACCGAGUCUGUCGAGUGGUUUGCAGGGCGGAUCGAGGUGCUCAACUCGUUUGAGCACGACUCGUGUAAGCUGAUAGACGAGAAGCCAACCGCCGUCUUUUCCGGCCUCGCCUUCACCCUCUUCGCCGCGCAACCGUCGGAGCCUAUGGAACGCCUAUCGGUCGCCUUCACGCUGCUCCUAACGAUGGCGGCGUACAAGAUCACGGUGGCGGGCAUGAUCCCGCAGGUGUCCUACGAGACCUUGCUUGACCAAUUCCUGCUCUACAACUUUUUCCUCCUCGUGGCGAUGGCGAUCGCCAGCGCAGUUCUGCCGCAAGUGGGACAAGAGGCGGAGGAUUUCGCCGACCGCGUCUGCUUGGCGCUUCUCGGCGCGAUCUAG